ACUUAGUACCCUCGUUCGUAGCCAAAAUCUGCACAAAAAUAUUCCCGAAUACCCGUGCAGCUCCGCACGGUGCGGUACUGCUGCUGGGACCUCAAAUCGUUACUGCAAAUUGUUUAGCGUGUCUUACAAGCGCUGCUGCGCAGUGCACUAUUAAUGCAUCGAUUAUUCGCAGCGCUAUGCCUGGCAACGCAAACCAAGUACGACAUUUAUGCGGCCACGGCUGCCACGCUCGGUCCGCAGCUCGCCGGCCGUCUCCCAGCGGGCCCCGGCCGCCAGUACUUUUACUGGCUGUGCCCCGCGCGUAAGGGCGACAAAGCGGCACCGCUGCUCGUGUGGCUAAAUGGCGGCCCGGGCUCGUCGUCGAUGAUGGGUCUCUUUCUCGAGAACGGCCCCUACUUUGUCUCUGACGACGGCUCGCUGCACACGAGAAACGCAUCGUGGAACAAUAAAUUCGACGUGCUGUACGUGGACCAGCCGGCCGGCACCGGCUUCAGUGUUGCACAAGAAGGUGCGUACGCCCGCAACCAAGACGAUGUCGCAGAAGCAUUCUCCGCAUUCCUAGCCAACUUCUACGGAGCGUAUCCAGAAACUCGGACCAAGCAGCUCUGGCUGACGGGGGAGAGCUAUGCCGGCAAGUACCUGCCCGCAAUUGCCGCGCGGUUUGUCACCCACGGCAUUCCGGUCUCCGGCGUCGCGGUUGGAAACGGGCUCACGUGUCCGCGUGAGAUGACGUUGACAGUCCCAGCAAGUUACUACGCCGUAGGCAUACUCGACCAAUCGCAACGCGACAGGGCGUAUCGAUUGGCCUUAGAUAUCGCCGCGCACAUCGACGCUGGGCGCUGGUCGAAUGCCACCGCCGCGAGGUCGGUCCUCUUCGAUUAUAUCGACGGGGCGAACGGGCCGGAUACGGCGCCGAAUGUUGAUAGUUUUCUCAAGUACGGCGAGUACGACGAACCAUUUACCGCAUUCCUCAAUAGCGCCGAGACGAAGAAGAGCCUGAACCUUCCAGCCGACGCGACGUGGCGCCAAGAGAGCAGAGCGGUGCACGAGAAUUUGUACGACGACAUUAUGAAGCCCUACUCGUCUCUCCUUGAACCAGUAUUAGCAGCGGGAGUCCCGGUGCUCCUGUACCAAGGUCAGCUCGACGCCCGCGACGGCGUCGCCGCGACGGAGGCCUGGCUCGCGAAUUGGAGCUGGACUGGCUCGCGUCGCUUCUUGGAGUCUCCGCGAAAGGCGUGGAAGUCUUCGGGGAUCGCUGGCUACUACCGGAGUUGCGGCGGCCUGACGCACCUGACCGUCAACGCCGCGGGGCACCUCGUACCGCACGACGCGCCCUCACGAGCACUCGACAUGAUCGAGCGCUUCGUCGCGAGCGCCUUCGAGGAACAAUGUUAAUGUGUACACCUUUAUGUUAGAA